UCUACUGGAACAUGUCCCUGCCUAUGGCAGGGGGCUUGGAAUUAGAUGAUCUUGAAGGUCCUUUCCAACCCAAACCACCCUGUGAUUUUAUAAUUCUGUCAUGUCAGUCUGGUUCCCUUAGUAGAAAGCACCCCACCCAGAUCCAAGAGUUUGUGAGCUCUUAAACACCAGCUUCCUUGCCCAUCCACCUGUCCACUCAUGCCCUGCCACCCCAUCCCCCUUCCACAAAGUGCUUGUUUCUUUGGUGAGAAAGCUCAUGGGUAUCUCUGAGGAAAGUUUUCUCACCCAAACCGCUGUGCACCUUUCUCAGCGUUCCUUGUGAGAGCUGAUAUGCCCUGAGUAGUGAUCUACUGUUGAUAAGUGAUACGGGCAGGUCUAGGGGUGUGCAUAGGAGAGAAUGGCAAAAGAGUAAAAUUUUCUGGGUCUUCACGGGAGUGGAUGGGAGGAGGGGGCCAUCAGGUGCAUGCAGAUACAGAGAAGCAGAAGGCAGCAGGCUUGCCCAAAGGUUAUUUUCAAGAACAGGUUCAAACAGGCUACAGUGUCACCUGGAAUCUCCCACCUAGCCAAGCUGCCGGAUCUAGAUGUUCACAUGGCAGCAAACUCUUUCUGGUUGCAGUAGGGAUAGUUCUUGUAGACAUAUGCCAGAUUUUGGGGUGGAUACCAGUGCAGUUCCUUGGUCUCACAGGCAGGGUCACAAGGCGAGGGUAAGAGAUGGGACACUCAAGUUGGAAAAGCUGCUGAUGGGGAGAGGGGCAGCCUGAGUGAUGCUGUGAGGCAUCUCCAGCUGGUGCAGCUUGUGAGCCAGUGUCUGGUACCCUCCCUGCUCAGCUGUGUCACACAGGGACUGGCUGUGGGGGCACUGGGAAGUGGGAGACAAGCUCACACUUUCACACUCACUGUUGGAGACUGCCAGCAGCAGCUUUGCUCAAGCAGUGAGUGCAGGUGAAGGGCUCUUCCAGCUGCUCCUCAGCCACGUGGCAUUUCAGCAAUGCACAGCAAGGGAAAAAAAAAAGAAAAAAAAAGCAGAGACUUUGCCAGGCCUUGAUCUCUGUGUGAGACAGGCCAGGCCGCCAAGCAGCACACAGCAGAAAUCCCUUCUGGCAGAAGUGCCUUCAAACUCAGCAGCAGCCUGCAUAAAGCCAGGGAACGUGUCAUUUCUGCUUGGUCUAGGCCCCACAUGGGCAGAAGUCUAAAGAGAAAUGUAGCCACGCAGCAGACAUCUAAUAGGUCUGCUGGUCCUUAGAGACAAAAAAGCAUUCUAAGCCAGUAACUUUGUACCAUGCUGGUGCUCUUGAGUAACAAGAGCUGGCUGUUGCACAAGCCCUGUGCACAGACGUGGAGUCCACAGGCUGUAAAAGAUUCAUCUAACCACAGAAUCACAGACUAGUUUGGGCUUGAAGGGACCUUUAAAGGUCACCUACUCUUCCCAGCCUCUUCUGCUGCCUGGCCAGAGAUGAUCAGCGAUCCUGGUACAGCAGAGUGACAGCUGCUGUUACAGGAUAACCUGAGGGCACCACAACUUACUGAAGCAAAAAUCUGCAUUACCACCUUUCCGUGUCUCAGGUGUACCCCCCCCUCCCCAUUUACAGGCACUGUGGAAGGGCCAGGCAAAGGUACCCAGGAACAGCCAGGCUGUGAUGGAGAGGAGACAAGUGCAGAGCAGUGCUGCUCAUCCCUUCCCAGCUCUUGAAACACAUGUGAGCUCUCUCUCCAAGGGUAGUAACAGCAGUAGCCAAAAGCCUGAACUUUGCUUCCAGAAGGAAUCAGCUGUUGAGCUGAGCAAAUUGUGAUGCUGUGCAGGGUGGGUGGAAGAAGGGAGGGAGGAAGGGAGGGAAGAAGGGUGAGAGGGAGGGAGAGCCAAGCCUGACACGGGCCGGAGCAGGAGGGGAGGCACUCACAAAGGCCUUGGAGGCAGGAUGGAAAAGACAGUAAUUACAUAAGAGCACUUGGCGAGCAUCUGUCUGGAGUCAGCUGGGCCCUGCCGGCCCUCCCUCCUGCACUGCUAACCAGGAGCAGCUGAGGAUACAGGAUACAGAUAACUCAGCGUGGGACCCCUGCAGAGGGGAGUGGAGCCUGGAGACUGAAUAUUCUAGUGGCUUUAAUGGUUUGCCUAGUCAGCAUCAAGCCUUCUCCCAGGGUCAGCACCGAGUCUCCACUGGCCUGGGCACAAGGGCGUGGGGCACCCUCUUGGGCCAUGCGGUUGCUGCUCAGAUUGCAGCCUUGAACAAGCAUGUAAGCUCCCUCCACAGGGCAAUGCCAUUUCAUCCCACCCCUGGCUCCAACCACAGAAAGAUGUUUUAUUGUGAUCUCUGUUCCAAUCCCUUAUGUUCUCCCCCUUCCUGUACCUCACUCUUGGCACUUCCUCCUAUCUUCCCAGGUCACCAUGGACAUAACCUACCUGCGCACAUCCCUGACCUUCCUUUUUCUCCCUCUUGUUGUGUUUGGGGCACCCGCUGAUGAACCCAACCUCACAGAACCAGGCCCUGGUGCUUGCAAGCGCUGUUGUGACUCACUGGACUCUUCCACAGAUACCCCACCAGUCCCUCCCAGCCACCACCACUUUCCCUACCCAGUGCCAGAGGUCCGUCCCUAUAUCAACAUCACCAUUCUGAAGGGAGAGAAAGGAGAUCGGGGAGAGCCUGGGAUGCCAGGGAAAUGGGGCAAAGAAGGACCACGAGGCGAGCGGGGCGCCCAGGGCCAGAAAGGCAGUAAAGGACAGAUGGGCACAGCGGGAGACCCCUGCAAGCAUCAGUACGCUGCAUUCUCCGUCGGUCGCAAGAAAGCGCUGCACAGCAGCGAGGGCUUCCAGGUCUUGAUCUUUGACACCGUCUUCGUCAACCUCUACAGCCACUUCGACAUGUUCAAUGGCAAGUUCUACUGCUCAGUGGGUGGACUUUACUAUUUCAGCCUCAAUGUCCACACCUGGAACUUCAAGGAGACCUACAUGCACAUCAUGCACAACGAAGAAGAGGCGGUCAUCCUGUAUGCCCAACCCAGCGACCGCAGCAUCAUGCAGAGCCAGAGCCUGAUGCUGGAGCUCCAGGAGAAUGAUGAGAUCUGGGUGAGGCUCUACAGGCGGGAGCGACUGCCCGUAACCACUGCAAAUCACUUGGAAAUGGGCCUGUCAAAUCUCAGGCACUGA